GACUUAUUCCUAAAAUCUUACAACAUCAUAAUGCCACCAACUAUAGUUUUGAUAACUGGUGCAAAUCGAGGCUUGGGAAAAGGACUCCUCCAACGCUACUUAGCAUUACCAAAUCACACUGUAAUUGCGGCAAAUCGUGAUCCGUCACAUGAGAGUUCGAAAAAGCUCUUCGAUCUACCUAAAGGCUCUAGAAGUAGUCGUAAGUAUAUUUUACUCACCUUCCACUAAUCUCAACUGGCAAUAAAAAUGCACAACAUGGGACUUCCCGAAAAGUAAUUAUCGUCAAAAUUGACGCUUCAAUCGAACAAGAUGCAUUUGAUGCCGUCCAGGAACUCCAGGACAAGCACAACAUCCCACAUAUUGAUAUCGUUAUUGCCAAUGCAGGCGUGUCUUAUGUUUGGCCCAAAGUGGCUGAUCUCAAAAUAUCGGAUCUGAAAGCCCACAUAGAACCCAAUGUCUAUGGAUGUGUAUCGAUAUACCAAGCAACACGACCUUUGCUGCAGAAAUCAAAGAAUCCCAUUUUCACACCUAUGGGCUCCACGGCCGGGGCAAUUGCGCGUCAACCCCCGAUAAGCAAUUCUGCAUAUGGAUCCUCAAAAGCUGUUGUUAAUUGGCUUACUGUUCGAAUCAAUGCUGAGGACGACUGGUUAAAUGCCUUUGUUGUGGCUCCUGGCUGGGUCACGACUGAGCUGGGCUAUGAAGGCGCAAAGGGUCUUGGAUUUGAUGAUGAAUUCAUAAAACAAAAUAUGAUCUCCCCUGAUGUGUCUUGUGAUGGUAUGAUGGAAGUUCUUGGGGAUACUUCUAAGGAAAAGCAUGGUGGAAAAAUGGUGAUAUACGAUGGAAGUAUCUGGGAAUGGUAAAUGGGCUUUCAAUGGGAGUCUCUGAGAAGAUCUAAAGAGAAGUUGGUGAUGGAAUAGACUUAAGUAUGAAACGAAAAUAGAAUGUCAGACAAUGGAGAACUACUCGAUGAUUACUCGUAGUCGUCUUAUUGUCGCCGAAGUGCGGGGUAGUCACCACACGUGACACCGCAGCCUCUUUGAUCA